AUGGGCAACGGCCAGGGAAAGCCCCGUCCAUUCGAGGGCAACUCGGAAAGCACCCUUAGCAGCCAGAUCCAGGCCGCCAACCCGAAGUUCCCCGUCACGAACCCGCCCGUCUCGUUAGGCUGCCUGUACGCCAUCGGCGCCGCACUGGAGCCCAACGCCUCGAAGCGCAUGGGCCACACGUGGGAAAGCUUCACACACCACGACUUCUUCAAGGUCUUUGACUUUGAGCUCCUUGAGCAGAAGCACAUAGAGCCCGUCUUCGUCCCCUCCUCCGAAAAGACCAACUUCGACGCCACCUACGACCUUGAGGAGCUGCUGCUCGAGGAGGCCCCGCUCGAGGCCCGCGCCCGCCGUCAGAAGCCUAGGGAAAAGCUCAAGGGCGACGCGUCCGAGAAGGAGAUUCGCGAGGACACCCUGUACCGCAUGAUCGAGACCGACUUCCAACCCUUUGACUACACUGUCGCCGCAUACAAGAAGUGGGUUGCUCCCAGACAAAUCACCGAAGGAACCGGCAUAGCAGGAGACGAAGUCGCCCAGCAACAUUUCCAGCAGCAAGGACUCGGUCCGGAAAUCACCAGCGGCCAGGCUCUCACCACCAACGAGGCCACACCAGCCCCCGCCACCCCUCAGCAGCACUUCCACCAGCAGCUCGACCAGAAACAGCAGCAGAUGUCCGGGGUGGAUGGCCGACCCAUCCGACCUCUGCGGCCCGCGCCCCCGCUCCCCACGGCCUACCAGCACCAGUACACGUCCUCGAACCGCACCUCCACGCGCGUCACCUCCCCCACCGGAGGACUCCAGGUCACCCUCGACGGAGGGGGCAGCUGGUCCGAGCUGGCCAGGCAGGACGCCACGCUCCCCUCCGACGCCAACCACGCCGCCGCCGGGGAUGACGGCAAGGGAGAAGGGUCCGGCGGCAUGUUUGGCUUCCUCAAGGGCAAGAAGGGGAGGACGCAUUCCCCUCGUCCUAAGGAGAGGGGUGUUCUCGGAAAGGAGGGCGCCAGAGUGGUCAUCGGUUAA